UCCAUUUUUGUGCAUUUAAGAAAUCUCCAAGAAUUACCAAACUGGAGGAAAGCGAGCAAAACAGAGUGACAGAGGGGGGUUCGGGGCUCCAAAGGGAAAGCCAACAAGGACGCGCUGGACAUCUCCUAUUGCAACAUGCGUGUGAAAGCCCUCUAAAGGAUGGCAGCGAUGGGUUAGACAGGAUUUACCAUGUCUGCUAAAUAAAAGCCACCGUUUUUAAAAGAUGUCUGCUCCACACGGGCCCCGGGGCGGCCCUGGCCCUGCUGCCGCCGCUGCUGCUCCCUCAGCGGCCGGCGCCAUGCCGGAGAUGCCGGACCUCAGCCACCUAACCGAGGAGGAGAGGAAGAUCAUCCUCGGUGUCAUGGAACGACAGAAGAAGGAGGAGGCUAAGGAGCAGACUAUGUUAAAGAUCAAAGAAGAAACAAAACCUCAACAAGCACAGUGGUUUCCCUUUAGUGGGAUCACUGACCUGGUAAAUAAUGUUCUUCAGCCUCAGCAAAAGUCCCAAAAUGACAAGAAGCCCGAACCAGAUCCGAAGUUACACCAGCAGUUUGAAUCGUAUAAGGACCAGGUUAAGAAGAUGGGGGAAGAGACUAAACCGGUUCAGGAGCAGAAGAGCGAAGCCCCAACCUGUGGAAUAUGCCACAAAACAAAAUUUGCUGACGGCUGUGGUCACAUCUGUUCAUAUUGCCAAACGAAAUUCUGUGCUAGGUGCGGAGGACGUGUGUCUCUGCGGUCAAACAAGGAGGACAAAGUGGUUAUGUGGGUAUGCAACUUGUGCCGAAAACAACAAGAAAUCCUCACUAAAUCAGGAGCGUGGUUCUACGACUCGGAGCCCGGUCAGGUGCGUGGCGUGUUUGAGGGUGGGCCACAGGGAAAAAAGGCCAAACUACACGACCCAUCCCUGUAUGCCCACCAGGGAGCCUCAGGGGACUUGACACCAGCGUCAGACAGAAGCAGACCUCGCGGCGGGCUCCUGUCCAGACAGGCGUCCCUUGACAAUGGAACAGGGCUGAGAUACUCGGGGCCCAGCGAUUCACCUACAGACAGGAAAAGAAGCCCAUCUGCAUCCAGGGAUCCAAACCAAAAAUACGACCAAAGGGAGGGGGGCGACCACCCACAGUAUGCACCCACAGACGGCAGUAUGCCCAGAUCACCGUCAGACUAUGGCGAUGGGGACCCACGGCGGGUUCCGCAGGGCCCACACAUAUUCCCAGAUGUCAAUGCGAUGCGAAUGGGCUACAGGGACCGUCGGGGUCCUGGCCGUUGGCAUUCCCAGGAAUAUCCACUUGACCAAGAGCUAGAUGGACCGCCGAGUGACUUUGACCUCCAGCGUCAGCGUCAGGAGGAGUUUCAAGCGCGGUAUCGCAGUGAUCCAAACCUGGCACGCUAUCCUGUAAAGCCUCAACCUUACGAAGAGCAAAUGAGAAUGCACGCUGAAGUGGGGCGGCUGAGGCAUGAACGUCGCCAUAGUGAUGUCUCCUUAGCCUACACAGAACAGGAUGACCCUGGCCCUAUUAGAUUGUCUCGUCAGCAUCUCACCGAGCGCAGGCCGCCUAUGGUAGGACAGCGCUCGUACUCUGUUGAUCGGUCUUCCCCAGGACCCAUUGGUCCUGGCUUUGGAAGUCACAGAAACUCCAACCGCAGCCCCCCAACGCCACAUCGGAGUCCUGUGCUUGGUGAUCGAUCAGGGGGGCUGCGAAGAGGAGACCUAGGGGAUCCUAUGAUGAGGCAGCAACACCAUUUGGACCCCAAUUCAGCUGUCCGCAAGACCAAGAGGGAGAAGAUGGAAAGUAUGCUAAGGAACGACUCUCUUAGCUCAGACCAGUCAGAGUCAGUGAGGCCCCCACCCCCGAAGCCCCAUAAAACCAAAAGGGGGGGAAAGAUGAGGCAGGUAUCACUGAGCAGCUCAGAGGAGGAGCUGGCCACAACGCCGGAGUACACGAGCUGUGAGGAUGUGGAGAUUGAGAGUGAGUCAGUCAGUGAAAAAGGGGAGAGUCAAAGGGGAAAAAGAAAAACUAUUGAGCAGGCAUUUAUAUCCGAGCCGACACACACCUUAUCUGAGAGGCAAAAGAAAAUGGUGCGCUUUGGGGGACACUCAUUUGAAGAGGACUUGGCGUGGUGUGAACCACAGGUUAAAGACUCGGGAGUUGAUACGUGCAGUAGCACUACCCUAAACGAGGAGCAUAGCCAUAGUGAGAAGCACCCUGUGACAUGGCAGCCAUCCAAAGACGGAGAUCGCCUUAUUGGUCGUAUUUUGCUCAACAAACGUAUGAAAGAUGGAAGCGUGCCUCGAGACUCAGGAGCUCUACUUGGUCUAAAAGUAGUUGGAGGCAAGAUGACAGAAUCUGGGAGGCUUUGUGCUUUUAUCACUAAAGUCAGGAAAGGAAGUCUUGCGGACACAGUUGGACACCUCAGGCCGGGUGACCAGGUUCUGGAGUGGAACGGCCGGAUUUUACAAGGAGCUACAUUCAAAGAAGUUUACAAUAUCAUAUUAGAAUCCAAGCCUGAGCCUCAGGUAGAGCUGGUGGUCUCACGGCCCAUAGGAGAUGUUCCAAGGAUACCUGACAGCACACAUGCACAAUUGGAAUCAAGUUCAAGCUCUUUUGAGUCUCAAAAGAUGGAUCGGCCCUCAAUCUCUGUCACAUCCCCGAUGAGUCCCAGUUUGCUGCGGGACGCCCCACAGUACCUGUCAGGACAGCUCUCAAGCCAAAGCCUUAGUAGAAGAACAACGCCUUUUACCCCUAGGGUCCAGGUCAAACUCUGGUAUGACAAAGUGGGUCAUCAGCUUAUUGUAACUAUUCUGGGUGCCAAAGACUUGCCACCAAGGGAAGAUGGCCGUCCCAGGAACCCUUAUGUCAAAAUCUACUUCCUGCCUGACAGAAGUGAUAAAAGCAAGAGGAGAACAAAAACAGUAAAGAAAUCCUUAGAGCCCAAAUGGAAUCAGACCUUUAUGUAUUCGCCGGUCCACCGGCGGGAGUUCCGCGAGCGAAUGCUGGAGAUCACGCUGUGGGACCAGGCCCGGGUCAGGGAAGAGGAGAGUGAAUUCUUGGGAGAGAUCCUCAUCGAGUUGGAGACGGCUCUCUUGGACGACGAACCUCACUGGUACAAGUUGCAAACACACGACGUGUCAUCCAUGCCACUGCCACGUGCCUCCCCAAAUUCCCAACGCAGGCAGCUCCACGGCGAGAGCCCAACGCGGCGGCUGCAGAGAUCCCAGCGGAUAAGUGACAGCGAGAUAUCAGACUAUGAUUGUGAGGAUGGAGUAGGAGUUAUAACAGAUUAUCGGCCAAACGGCAGAGACUUCCGGAGCUCCACGCUGUCUGUCCCGGAGCAGAUCAUGUCGUCUAACCACUGCUCUCGGUCGGCUGACAUAAACCGGGCUCGGUCGCGCUCUCCUAGUGUUCCACCAACCUCCAGCCGCAACCAUGGUGUGUACCCAAUCUGCAGAGAGGAAGCAGUCAGGUUACUGCGUUCCACUCGGAUGACCCGUGCCCAUUCAGAGGGCACCUACUCCUCCAACUUUGACUAUGAGAGGAACCACGGAUCCAUGGAUAGACACGAGUUUCACAGCAGGUCCCGCUCUGCCGACCAGCGACCCACUAUAGAACGCCUCUCAUCCCGCUCUCGCUCUUCUGAACGCCCCCACGACUCUUCCCUCAUGAGGUCGAUGCCAUCUCUGCCAUCUGGGAGGUCCGCACCCCCCUCCCCUGCCAUGACGAGGGCACAUCCUCGCAGUGGAUCUGUCCAGACCAGUCCCACCAGUACUCCCAGUAGACGAGGGCGACAACUCCCACAGCUUCCACCCACAGGCACAGAUAGAAAAGACACGGGCUCACCCAGUUGGACGAACUCAGGUAUGGACAUGGAGCAGAAGACCAGAAACAUGAAAUUAAAGUUGAACAAGUACAAGCAGGGAGCCAGCUCCGACUCCAGACUUGAACAAGACUACCCCAAGCGCUCAGGCAGAGACCCACGGGCCGCUGACAACCUGUCAGCCAAGUCAUCGGACAGCGAUGUAAGCGACGUGUCCGCUGUAUCGAGAACCAGCAGUGCCUCUCGGUUCAGCAGCACGAGCUACAUUUCUGUCCAAUCAGAAAGACCGCAAGGAAACCGCAAGAUCCGUGACUUUGCAUCCAAAAUGAAAAACAGGCAGAUGGGCACUUCCGGUGGGGUGAACAUGACCAAGAGCACAAGCAUCAGCGGUGACAUGUGUAACCUGGAGAAGACGGACGGCAGUCAGUCGGACACGGCGGUGGGCACGGUAGGCACUGACGACAAGAAGAGGCGCUCCAGCAUUGGUGCCAAAAUGCAGGCCAUGGUUGGCAUGUCGCGCAAGAGCCGGAGCACCUCACAGCUCAGCCAAACAGAAGCAGGAGGCAAGAAGUUGCGCAGCACGGUCCAAAGGAGUACAGAGACGGGCCUGGCGGUGGAGAUGAGGAGCAGGAUGACUCGACAGGCCAGUCGGGAGUCCACUGAUGGGAGCAUGAACAGCUACAGCUCAGAGGGAAACCUCAUCUUCCCCGGUGUGAGGCUUUCCUCGGACGCUCAGUUCAGUGACUUCCUGGAUGGUCUGGGACCUGCCCAGCUGGUUGGACGUCAGACUUUGGCUACUCCACCAAUGGGCGACAUCCAAAUAGGCAUGGUGGAGAAAAAAGGAGCCCUGGAGGUCGAGGUCAUAAGAGCUCGUGGCCUUGUGGGCAAACCAGGAUCUAAGGCACUGCCAGCACCAUACGUAAAGGUCUACCUUUUGGAAAACGGAGCCUGCAUAGCCAAAAAGAAAACUAAAGUAGCAAGAAAAACGCUGGAUCCUCUCUACCAGCAGCAACUGCCGUUUGAGGAGAGUCCAGGAGGAAAAGUUUUACAGGUCAUUGUCUGGGGCGACUAUGGACGUAUGGACCAUAAAUCCUUCAUGGGAGCAGUCCAGAUCCUGUUAGACGACCUGGACCUGUCCAACAUGGUGAUUGGCUGGUACAAGCUCUUCCCUCCUUCCUCACUAGUGGACCCUACUCUGGCCCCACUGACAAGAAGAGCUUCCCAAUCCUCACUGGACAGUUUCUCUCGAUCAUAGCAGCGUGUGGACUAAUAGCGUUGUUGUAGCAGCCAGUGUUGCGAUUACAGGUCACGAGCCCCGGUUACACUGCAUGCUUGAUGUUGUGUCUUCUGAGCCUGUUUCUAGGGGCGCGAACGUGAUCCUGUGUUUUAAGCAAAAACGUUGCGCACAUUGUGCACGUGGCAAAGUGUGUUGCAAGCACCCAGCGGCAGGGAUUGCCAGGUGUUGUUGUCAUUCGGAAGAAGCCGGGAUGAACUCCUUAGCACGAGGAACUUCUCAGUUCCAGGUUUUCUUCCAAUUUGAAGCCAUGGGGGCCGACACUGGGAACUAAUAAAUGAGUUCAACAGUGGCCCCUUUAGAAUGAAAAAAAAAAAAUCAAUGAGUUGUUUUGAUUUUUUUUCUCUUUUCCGUUUCCUUUUUUCUUUUGUUUCUUUAAAUGUCUGCGGUACUUUUAUCUGAAUGGGGUGACGGUGUUCCCGAACACAUGCUUGGUCACACCAUGCCAACAAACGUAGCUAACAUGCAGUUGAGGAGACCAACAUUUUCCAAAGGGGGUGUGUUCGUGUGUCCUCCUACCUGCAAGAGAAAUGCAUUGCAUCCUCUGGGUCUAUGUGCAGACCUGCUGUUGCUGGUAAACCACCAGAUAAUCAGGGGCAAAACUGAAGUGGCCUCCAACAACACCCCAAAAUAAACUGCACCAAUCCCAACCCCAUAAAGAGUACUACGGUAGUUUUUACUUCCUUUCUCUGCUGAAAAUCCUAUAAGAAUCCAAUUCUGAUAUUAUUUUCCCUUUCAGUUGAUUUGCAUGGGCACAAACUUAGCUGAAUAAAAAAAAAAAAAGAAUUCUAUUUAUUUUUUGAGGCUGUAACUUGCAAAAAAAAAAUGAAUAAAACUAAAAACAGAUCAGCCAUUUUCAACAAUUUAUAUUAUUUUUCAAGAAGAGUUUCACUAGUGCAUGGUUUUCAAAGGGAGUGAAUGCAACAUUGUGACAAAAAAAAAGACAGUUUAUCAUUCUUUUUAACCAUGAGUCAUAAGUCUGUGUUUUUAAAACAAUCAGAUU